AUGGCACUCUUCAUACCGAUGAGUCUUGUCCCUCUCUGUUUUCCAAGCCCUCCUACCCCAAAGACGGAAUUCCAAACCCUGCCAGCAGAAAUCAAGCUUCUCAUCAUUGACCAGCUUGAUCGUGACACCUACACACUGAGCCAUCUGGCUGCCUGCAGCAGGGAGCUAUAUAACAUGGCGAUCCCUGCACUAUACGCCAAUGUGUCUUUGGGAGCUGUCCCUCAUUACCGGAUGUGGCCCGGUUUGGCAUUUCCCGCUGAUCGUCGUUCUGUAACUUCCUCUCUUCCAGGAAUUAAUGUUCGCUCUCUCAUGACAAAUAAACAGAUCGAACGCUUUCUUAUUACAAUCCUCCGCAAGCCUCACCUUGCAGAAUUCGUGAAAUCCCUCGAUGUGACCGACCUACACGACCUUUGCUUCGAGCACAGGCAGAGUAGUACUCAGAGAAGACAGCUUCUUCUUAAUCCCCUCGCUCCUCAAGACCAUCAAAUGAUUAUGGACGCCGCCAUGAAGUUGCCUUUGUAUUCAACAAUCAGGGUGGCGAUGCGCAAAGCCCUUGGUGGCGAUGUACCCCGGUCAGAUGCCAUGGUAGCUGUUCUUCUGGGGUACCUGCCUGCCCUAAAGCACCUCGAAAUCGCGAUGGAGAGUGAAGACCCAUUCCGCGAACCGCAAACCACGGAGUUGAACCUUAUUGAACGUGUUCUGAUCAGUAUCGCCGGUGCGCGCUCGGCUCAGACCGACGAAAAUGGCAUUUCAAAUGCUCUUACACCUACGCUGUCUAAGCUCACCCACCUAAAGGCCGAAGUCGACGGAAAAUCGCCCAUGGCUGACAUUGACUGGCUCAUGAUGCUUCUUCGAAUUCCCACGUUGACCCACGUAUUCGGCACCAAAUGGUCCAACGCACAACGGUGGCUGCGACCUGUACCUGGCAGUUCCCAUCGCCUCGUUCACCUUGAACUUCGCGACUGCACUUUUGACGCCCUGAAUCUUCGAAGACUGCUCCGACAAACCCACAUCUUGAAAACCUUCAUCUACGAACGCGGGUGGACAGAGGCAAAAGAUUGGGUCGUGAAGGCUGCGGACCUCAGCCAAGCGCUUCAGUACAGGUCUCAGACCCUGACCUGUCUUGAACUAUCAUUCAAUCGAACCGAUAGAAAGAUGCACGAAGAAUUGUAUCUUCAUCCUCUCAACCUAUCGGGGCUUUCUCAUCUGAAGAGACUCCGAAUUUCGGCCGGCUACCUUGUCCAGACUGAAACAAAAUUGGCACACUAUGAAGGUCGUCACUGGCGGUUAUAUGACGUGGAUGGAGCAUACAACAGAAAUCUGCCUUUGCACAAGCUACUUCCAGAGUCACUUGAGGAGCUACACAUCAUUCAAAUCCUAGAUGUUCUCGAAUUCAUGCUCUUGUGUGAGAAGCUGUGCGCAAGUCUUCAGAGCAGAACAGUUCCCAUGUCGCCGGAGCCUCGCCACUUCGAAUGCCUGAAAGAGAUCAAAAUCGAGGCUCCCUUUGAGGGCGAAGGUGAGUGUAUCUUUUCGGAGCUCUCCAGAGUCACAAACCAGGCUGGAGUGAAGUUGACAACAAUCGAAAACUCCGCCGAGUAUGUCAAGUCCUGGAUUACCGGCAAAUCGAAACCAUCAUGUGCCGACAAGAAGAUUGACUGGGGGUUUGACGGCGAUGUCCGAUGGGCACGUCCUUUCAUUCAGCGAGGAGUGACACACUGGUAG